AUGGCUCGUGCGCAGAAGAGCUCCAGGGAGUUUCAGGUCGCCUUCGACAAGGGGUACCUGGAGGCCACGCCAUGCCCCCAGGGACAGUUCCUGGAGCUAACACAUGGGAGCAUACCAGAGGGCUUGGUGUGCACCUACUUCAGCAACGGGCCAGGCAAGUUCCAGGUCGGCGGCCAGGCUAUCGGUCACCCGCUGGACGGCGACGGCUUCAUCUCAUCCAUCUCUGUCAAGGGCGGCAAGGCCUUUUACCGCUCCGACUUUGUGCAGACCCCAGAGCACGUGGCCGGCAAGAUCCUGAAGCGCGGCCAGUUUCGGGGCACCUUUGGCACCCAGCGCGCCGGCGGCCCGCUGAGCAACCUGCUGGACCUGCACGUCGCCAACACCUCCAACACCAGCGUGGUGGACUGGGGCGGCCUCCUCCUCUCCUUCUUCGAGGGCGGGCAGCCCUACGCGCUGCACGCCGACACGCUGCGCACGCUGGGCGUCGCCACACUGGGCGGCGCGGUGCGCGAGGGCCUACCCAUCGACCUGGGCGGCCUGACUCUGAACGCGGCCUUCAACGCCCUGCACCGCCUGGUGCAGCGCAGCGUGGGCUCCUGGGCGCACCUGCACCCGCGCCAGAUGGCCGUCGGCGGGGAGGCGGUAACCGCGCACCCCCAUGUGGACCCGGCGGUGCGGCGCCUGGUGAGCUUCAAGUACAGCGUCUCCCCCCGCGACCCGGCCGGCCACGCCACCCGCAGACUGCACACCCACUUCACGUUCAUGGAGCUGGACGGGGCGGGCAUCGUGGUGGAGCGCGUGCCCUGGGCCCUCCCCGGCUACGCCUUUGUGCACGAUUUUGUGCUCACGCGCGCCUGGUACGUGGUGUUUGAGAACCCCGUCUCCGUGGACUACCACGCCUACAUGCUGGGCCUGGCCCCCGCCGCGGCCAGCAUCAGGUGGGAUGUGGGCAGGCCGACGGUGGUGCACCUGAUUCCCAGGCCGGGUGCCCCUCCUGGCGCUCGGCCGCGCCGCUUUGAGCUGCCACCGUCCUUUGUCUUCCACCACGCCAAUGCGUAUGAGCAGGGGGAGCACGUGAUCAUAGACUCCGUUCACUACGACUCCCUCCCGGGCGUGGGGACCCCUGCCCUCGGCAAGAAACAGGCACAGAAGGCGCAGCGGCAGGGAGAAUCCGUGGAUCCCCAGGUCUCCUACUCGGCGCGGCUGCGCAGGGCCACCCUGAACCUCAGGACGGGCGUCGCAGCACGGAAGCUGCUGCACCCAGGCUACCUGGAAUUCCCCUCGGUGAACGAGACGUGCUUUGGCAGAGCGCACGAGUUCGUUUUUGCGGAAACUGCCGACUUUGAAGGCUCAAAGUCUGGACUGAUCAAGCUGGACAUGGCGAGCUUGGAGGCUGAGACGUGGUUCCCUGGUCGCCACCAGUUUGUCGGGGAGCCCCAGUUUGUGCCCAGGCCCGACGCUGGCGCAGAGGACGAUGGCUGGCUGCUGGCCUGUGUGUUUGACUCCGAAAGCCUCACAAGCCGGUUCGUGAUCCUGGAUGCUCAUCGCAUCGGUGCGGGGCCGAUCGCCGUCGCUUUGCUGCCUCACCCACUGCCGCACGGUCUGCAUGGGAGCUGCAGCGACACGGCAUACAUGCCGACGCAUGGCGCAGGCUCGGCGACCCUCAGCUCCAAUGCCGUGCCCUUCACGCCCCCUUCAGCGCCUCUGCUUGGGGGGGAGACCAGCCUGCAGGGGACAGGGUACGAGGCGGCGGCGCUCAACGCAGCUGCCCUGCAGCUGCCUUACACCGCCUUGGCCUCCCUGCUCCACGCCUCCCCCGACGAGAUCGCGGUGAUGGGCAGCGCCACGCUUGCCUGGCAGGCCGUGGUCUAUGGCCUGGCCUGGACAUGGCGACCGGGGGACACGGUGCUCACCGGGGUCAACGAGUACGCCAGCAACUACCUGGCCUACCUGCAGCUGGCACGCCGCACCGGCGCGCGCAUCGUGUCGGUGGGCCAGGUGCCGGUGGACGUCCAGGCCAUCGGCUGCGACUUCCUUUCCUCCACCAGCCGAAAGUACCUGCGAGGGCCCAGGGGGGUGGGCUUCCUCUACGCAGCCAGGUCGGCGUGGGACCUGCUGGAGCCGGCCUGCAUCGAUCUGCAUGGCGCGGAGUGGGUGGCGAGAGGGGCCUACGCCCUGCACCCCACUGCCAAGCGCUUCGAGUCCUACGAGAUCAGCUUUGCAAGCAAGGUGGGCUUGGGCGUGGCGGCCCAGGAGGCGGUGGAUGUGGGCAUGGAUACGAUCAGCACCGCAAUUGCCAAGGUUGCCACGGCGCUGAGGAAGGGUUUGCAGGGCGUCCCCGGCAUCACCGUGCAGGACCAGGGGCGGCGCCUGGGCGGCAUCGUCAGCUUCACAGCGGCUGACACACCCGCCGAGGUCAUCCAGGCCAGGCUGCUGGAGCAGGGCAUUAACGUCUGGACCUCCCGAGCACCCUCCACGCGCAUUGACAUGGAAGACAGGGGGUUGGACAGUGUGGUCCGAGCCUCCGUGCACUCCUACAACACGCUGGACGAGGUGGAGACGUUCUUGAGAGUGCUGCGUGCCGUCCUUUAG